AUGGCGUGGGAAGAGGAAUUUGAGUCUGCCACGAAACCUGGGCCAGGCCGGAGAAUUUUGGGCGCUGUCGUGAUCGCAGCCGAUACCUCUGUAGGAAACACAGUGCAUCGCCAUGCCAGAGGCUUCACGUCUGUUGACCCCGAGACUGCUAAACCGAUGAGUGAGGAAACCACUUUCUGGAUCGCGUCGUGCACAAAGCUUUUGACCACUAUUUGCGCACUGCAAAAUGUCGAGCAAGGGAAACUGGUACUCGACGAUGAUGUCUCCGAGAUCCUCCCCGAGUGGAGAUCCCCAGACAUCUUGACUGGUUGGGACCACGGCCAGCCACAGUUUCGGAAAGCAACAAAGAAGAUCACAUUGCGUCAAUUGUUGACGCACUCCAGUGGAAUGGGCUACGACUUCCUGUCGCCAGAACUCGCAAAGUGGCGGGAAUGGCGCGGAGAACCAGUACGCCCCGGCGGAGGUGACAUAACUAUACAAUACUUCGCCCCUCUUCUGUACGAGCCUGGCGAGAGCUGGGCGUAUAGUGUAAGCAUCGAUUGGGCUGGCAAGAUGGUGGAGCGAGUGAACGGAGGAAUCAGCCUCGGAGAGUAUAUGCAGCAAAACAUUUUUGAGCCUCUCGGGAUGACUUCGUCUGGGUUCCGCCCAGAGAAGAACGAGAACAUUAGCAGGAACUUGUGCCCGACGACAAAACGGACACCUGAGGGAGAUCUGGUACCCACCGAGCCGUACGCCAUUCAGAACCCCAAGGACGAUCUUGGUGGUGGUGGGCUAUAUUCCGCCGCGCCGGACUACGUGAGAGUGCUCACCUCGCUGCUGAGGAACGAUGAGAAACUUCUCCGGUCGGACACAGUGAAAUCGAUGUUCGCGCCGCAACUUUCCGACGACAGCCACCUAAAGCCACGGUUGGGGAGCCACUCGCAGGACCGAUGUUUCGAGCCGGAGUGGACAGCGAAGCUUGGAAUUUCGGUCUUGGAGGCAUCUUGA